CAAAUACCUAAAGUUAAUUUCUUUCUGGGAUUUUGCAAUUACCUGAUUGCACCCGCAGCUAAAGCGUGUAAGGAAAAGGCCAAUUUCUGUUUAGACAAAUGAAGCGAAAAAGAGGGCAUAAGAAAGGAAACAAGGCUAAAGCCAAUGCUGCUUUGGUUGCCCCAGAUGAGGCUGCUGCCAAUGAUGUGAGCGUAAAUAGUGAAGAUAAUUCUGUUAACGAUGAGUAUGAAUCUGGGAUGGAAGUUGAUACUCCUCCAUCGUCCAGAACCGAUCAGGCAUUCAAUGUUGCUAACAUAAAUCCUGAUAGCUCUAUGGAUAAACCUAUCGGAAAGUCUAUAGGCCGUGUGAAGGUGAAGCUCAAGACAUCAUCGAAAGUGUUGGAAUCCGAUGUGCCUUCGCAUAGUGAUACUGACAAGAGCAGUCCACAAGUAGGGCUCGAGAGACAAGGUGUGGUUUAUGAGAAAAUGGAAGACAGUGCUAAUUCGUCAGCCGAGAUUAAAAUGGGUGUUUCUAGUGGUGUGUCGUGGAAAGCUGGAAGUAUCAAGAUUAAGUCGUCUAGGAUGUUGGCUGGUUCAAAUGCUGAUAAGAGUGGCAAUGCCAUAGCCGCAGAACGUGAGAGUUCUUACCAGAAAGAAGCAAAGAUGCCUCGCCUGGGUUAUCGGUAUAAUAAGCUAGAAUUAGAUUCUGCUCUAACGGUGAUUAAGAAAGUGAUGAAAAUGGAAGCAGCUGCUCCCUUCAAUGAGCCCGUCAACCCUGAUGCUCUAGGGAUACCUGACUAUUUUGAUAUCAUAGACACACCAAUGGAUUUUGGAACAAUAUGCAACAAUCUUGAAAAUGGUGACAAGUAUAUGGAUUCAGAGGACGUGUUUAAGGAUGUACAAUACAUUUGGGAUAAUUGUUGCAAGUACAACAACAAAGGUGAUGCUAUCUUGGACCUAAUGAGACGGGUGAAGAAGAACUUCAUGAAGUAUUGGACAGCUGCAGGAUUAUACACCGAACAGUCAAAAGGAGCAAACGGUGCUGAUGGUGGUGAUGUUGAGGAUGGUGCAUUUUCCAGCCAGGGCAAAAUGCAUAUAAAAGGCAGUCACUCAAAAAUGAAAAAGAAACAUGGGAGGCGCCAUAAAAGCGAUUGUUUAUGUGCUAUUUGCAUCUUGAAGCGGCGCAAGAGAGAGCGCGAGGCAAAUGCUCGAAUGGCUAAUAAAGGUCAGAGUGGAGUCCAGGAUUUCCAGCAAGAGGAAUCUUCACCUGUUGGUAGUCUUUACGGUGAGGACUCAUCACCAAAUAUGGAUGAAUCAGUGGACCCAUAUGCAGAUACCGAGGUGGAAGGUGAAGGAGAAAAGGUGAAAAGAGAGGUGUCUGAGCAUCAAUAUAGCCAUAUGGAGGGGAGGCAUGAGGAGGAGGAAGAUGAUGCGGAAGAAGAGGAAGAGGAGGAUGAGGAAGAAAAUGAGAUGAAGCCAAUGAACAAAGAUGGUCAUCAAACGAAAGAGCAAUCACAGUUCAGAGGUAGCUUGUCAGAGGAGCCCAGUAGAAAAUCUCUGCCUGAAGCAAUGGAUAAGUCCGGUGCGGUAGCCCUAAACCAGAGAGGAUCUACUCCAUCACAAAAUGAGGAAAAAAGUAAAGCAGUUCAGCAACAGAGACGCAAGGACUCUCAAGAAAGGCAACAGAGAUCUAAAAUGUUGGAGAGCUUCCGCUUCGAGAAUCCUAUGCUCCUUAACCUAUGUGGAAUUCUCUUUCCUGACAAUAAGAAGUCUGUUUGGAGUGGCCCUCAUUCGUUGGCUCAGAAUCGGGGUUCUCGAACUAGUGCAAUUCAUGCAGCUAUUGAGACUUUCAUGAAGUAGAUUAUGAUAUUUCUCGUCCUUCCUUUGUCAAGUUGUAUUUGACAUAACUUUGUAAACUGACAUGGUAAACUAGGUGAUCUGCAUAUUACCACUGUAAAUUAUUAGAUGGAAAACACAAGAAUGCUCAGACACUAGACAUAAUCUACAUUUAUGGUUUACAAUUUACUCCUCCAAUCUAA